AUGAAGCUUUCUGGGAACACUGCUUCCCCAAGAACAACCAGUCCAGACUCCAUAAGGCGACUUGUGCCUUCCAACUCUGCCUCAUCCUCUAAUCAACCCGGGAGUAGUAGUAUUAAUAACAAUGAUACAACAGUAGCAGCUUCUUCAAUUUCUACUUUUAAUCCUCGUUCGUCAUUGACGUUGACAAGACAUCCUACGGCUACCUCCGAAUAUUCAUUUACGACAUCUGAAGACCAAUAUGAGUCGGAAGACUAUGACAAUGACGAUUUACAAUCUAGUGAUGCUUCGUCGAUCCAUAUUUCUCAAGGUCGCAAAAAGCGCUUCAGCAGCAUAUCGCGCGAUGAUCGUGGGUCGUUUGGGUCAAGCAACAGUAUCGCUUCUGGAUCGCAGCAGCAGCAGCAGCAGCAACAACAACAACAACAACAACAACAGCCUCAAGGAUGGGGAGCAGCACGGCCAAAACCUUUUGUUACGCCAAAGUACCCUAAAAGUAAAACAUUUGAGUCUACAGGCCCUAAAAGCCCUUCCAGUGCAUCAUCUCUUUCUACAACGCCGACACCAAAUGAUCCGGGACUUUCAGCACUUUACGGAAAAAAUAAAAGCAUUCGCCGAAAUUCUUCACUGACGGCACCGUCGUCGUCAUCAAUGGUGAGGCAGCAGCAGCAACAACAACAACAACAACAACAAGCACCGUUAGUUAGUAACUCUUCUUCAGGGGCUGUUGGUGGACUGGAAUCACCAAACGCAUCUGAUGCUACUAUUAGCGGCGUCAGCCGGGCUAGUGCUUCGACAGUUGUCAAUACAGCUGCCCCUGGAACUCAAGGGACCUCUACACCUCAACCACAAACCCCCGUGGCACCACCUUCGACUCCUCUGCCGGCUGCAUCGACCUUGUCAAAGCCUUCGUUACCGCCACCAUUGCUUUCGCAUUUGUCACAAAACUCUGUUUCGACGACUUCUUCGGAUUAUUCUACGCUUAAGAAGGAAAAAAAGGCUGAAUGCAAUACAAUGACAGUGGAAACUGAAACGGUUUCUGCUGUCCCACUUUUGGCAGUGGCAACAACAAGUGUCAAUCCUAGUGGGUCGAGCAUUAAGCUUAAAAGAAAUUCCGAUGGAACUCAUGGGAAAAGUUCUAGUCGAACAAAGAAAAAACGAACUCCACGACCUGGUAAUCACGGAACCACUAAAGCUGAUUUUUUUGCAGCAAAAAUUGCGAACGCAGUUGACGAAGUACAAUCAUCGGAUUCAGAUGAGACUUUUGUUUAUGAAUCAAAUCCAACAGAGCGUCAUCGUGGAACUCAAUAUUCUACAGUGACUAGUGUUAGUGGAGGCGGUAGUGGAGGAGGUGGCGGCGGUACUAGUGCUGCUGCCAAUGGCAGCAUUAAUAGCAGUUAUGGAGUUCCCAUGACGGUAGCCGGUAGCAGCAAUCAAAGCACAAGUACCACUACGAGUAAUGGAUCUGGACCAUCUGGGUCCGGAACAAUGGGACCUUCUUUGGCUACCGGGACACCAUCUACAGGUGCUGCUGCCACGGUGGCAACACCCCAGGUUCCCUCAUUAUCUAACAUUCCGUCAUUGUCAUCUCUAUACAGUGUGGCCAGUGGCGCCACAACACCCAACUCGGCAUCAAAUAAUACAUCUAAUGGGGGCGGCAGCAAUGGUAGCACAAACACCAGCAUGGCAAGCAGUGUUAGCAAUGGUAGCACGGCGGGGACAGGAUCCAGUAGUAUGGCUAUGGCUAUGGCGAUGCCUAUGAGCUCUAGCGGUAGUAAUUCUGCAUCUACUCCUCCUUCCACGGUUUCUAACGGGCAUUCAUACCACACUCAUCACCACCACGGCAAUCACCACGGGCUGGCACCGGCAGGCCCGUCGGUUGGUGCUGGGGCUGGCACUCAAGUUGAUUCUUACCAAGCAAUGAUGUCGAGUUCACGGCGAAAUAACAUGACACAAAAGCAAUAUCAGCAACAGUUGUAUAAUUUGCAGCAAGCUCAACAGUCUCAGGUUCAACAAGCUCAAUUACAGUCGCAACAGCAGCAAUCACAAGCUCAGGCUCAAUUGUUACAGUUACAACAAGCACAACAAAUGCUUCUUCAGCACCAGUUGAGCGGACUGGGAAACCGUGGAGAGACAUCUAAUUAUCCUGGGCAAGCUGGAUAUUUCCCCUCUAUGAAGCAAAUUUCGCCUCCGUUAAUUAUGCAAUCUGUGAGCGAUGCUUAUGGAGGAGCACCAACAGCUGCAACUUUGGCCAAUGGUAGCGAUAAUGUUAGUGCACCUUAUACUCCGACAAUGGAGGAUUCACCAAGCGGUGGGCCUGGAAUGCGAUUGGAUAAAGAGGAUUUUUUAACUUUGCGCAAGAAGCCGUCGUAUAUGCGCACAGUUUCCAAUUCUUCUAGCUACCACUCGGAAAGUCCGCGGCGAGUUAAUGGUGGUGGUGGUGGAGGAGGAGGAGGAGGAGGAGCGGCUGCAACUGCUGCGGCUGCUGCGGCUGCUGCUGCGGCGGCGGCGGCGCGUGGAGGAGGUCCUUCUCAUUCUUCAAGGUAUAGUACACGAGGUUUAGCAUCACAUCACCAGCCAUUACUUCAAGGGUCGGGGAAAAUGGGUUACGAUUCUUUAAAUAAUGGCGGUAGCAACAAUAAUGGGAAUGCUGGGCCAGGACCAGCGCCAAAUAUGUCUUCGUACAAGGGGAACUACCAUCAUCAUUAUCAUCAUGUUGGACCGGGUGUGCGCAACAAUGGAGGCCCAAGAUGGCUUGUUCCAUACGAUGAUGCAGAAUUUGCAGGGGAAGAUGGAUAUGACUUUGACGAAAAUACGUCUAACGAGGAUGAUUAUUAUGAUUAUUCUGAUGUUGGACCAUUGCGCAAAGGACUAUAUGAAGGGGCUGGAGAUGGUUCUGGGGGUGGUGGAGGAGAGCUGGGUACUGGUGGAGAAUUAGGCACUGGUGGACGUGGUGGUGGAGAACUUGGAGGAGAAUUGGGAAUUGCUGGGUAUGGUAACUCUGUGGGUCGGCGAUUGCGGAUGCAAGGACCAGGAGGGUAUCGGACCUAUAGCCCCCAUAAUUACACUAAUCGAGGGUCUCGAGGUUCUGGGUUAUGCUCUGGGUGUCGUCGGACAAUGUGGGUUUUGCUUGGCUUGUGUGUUUUUUUGGGGAUUGGAUUUGUUCUUGGAUUUGUUUUGGCUUCGUCAAAGCCACUACACCGGGUUGGGCUUGCUAGUGUUUUUGAUGUUCUUGUGAGCGAUGAAGAGCUUGUCUUUGAUGUUGUUGUUCAGGGUGUUAAUCCUGGGUAUUUGGAUAUUGAAGUUUAUGAUUUGGACUUGGAUGUAUUUGCACGGUCACCCUAUGUGAAAGGAGAUGAUGAUGAUGAUGAUGAUGAUGGUGAUGGUGACAAUGGCGGAGAUGGAAAUGGAGGGAAAAGUGGAGAUACCAAGAAAGUGAUUGUGAUUGAAGACAGUUUUGUAGGUAUACAAAAUUCCAGUGGACCUCCUCGGACGUCUCCAGGAAAUGGCAACAAUUAUGCCAUGCUUCUAGGGAACAUUGAUCAUUUUGAGGUGCCAUUAGUGUUUGAGGGAAGUGUAUUUAACCAUGAGUUACAACAAGCUGUUGGUCAAUUGCGCCUUGUAAAUCCCGGAUUUAAUUCUACAGUUCCUGAAAAGGGCGGAGGAGGAAACGAUGGAGAUAAUAAGGAUAAAAAUGGAGGUGAUGGUGAUGACGAUGAUGAUGACGAUGUUGGCAAGGAUGUUGGCAAGGAUGUUGGCAACAGUAGCAGCAUAAGUUACAAACGAAAUAAGGCCAAUUCUGCCACUACAAAGAAGCAUUUUGAUUCAGGACAAAAGAGAUGGUCUAGAGUCAAUGUGCACCCAUUUGAAUUGAUUUUGCGUGGGGUAGUCAGGUACCAAUUGGUGCUUGAUCGGGUUCCAAGGGUUGCUCCCAUUACUAAGGUAGUUCAGAUUGAUCCUGCUGAUAGUGAUGGUGAUGACAACAAUAAUAAUGAUGAUGAUAAUUAG